AUGCGCUUCAACCAGGGCAAGAACAACGUCCUGCAGUGGAGGGACGCGGAUAAGAACUUCAAGCUUCGGUCCAAGAUGGCGGCUGGUGCACAGUUCUUCACCCUGGACGUCAUCUCAGACCUUGCGUUCGACCAGCCGUUCGGCUUCAUGGAGACCGACUCGGACGUGUACGAGCAUAUCAAGACAACGGAGGAGAGCCUGACCAUGUUCAUGGAGAUGACCGUGAUCUGUUCGGUGAUACUGGCGUCGGACAAGGACCAGCUAGGGUUCGGAAAGAUCAUGGAGAUUGACAAAAAGUUCGCCGCUGAGCGUUUCGGGCCCGAAAAGAAGGUCCGGAGGAACAUUUUAUGCUGA